UGUGUGUUAGUUGAGCUUCUUCAUUUUUCCUCUUGAACAAUCAAAGCCAGCCAAGAGAAUUUUGAUUUCUCUGCUCUCAGUGAAAUCUUAUUCAAGCCCCGUUUGUAUUACAGAGUUGCAAUUUUGCAGGGCUUUUUUUUUGGCGAUGGAAAACAGUGAAGAAAUGCCAUCACUCAUAAGACGUUUAUCAUCAAAUGAUUUGGCUGGAUUUGACACAGUCAAGGAGGAUAGUAGCUUCCAUGAUCAGAAUCAGCCACCAAUGGAAGCUGAAAUGAGUAAUUUCAUCAACCAUCAAAGAAAGUGUUCAGUUUCCAUUAGCAUGCCAUCUUCUCCGAUUCAAGAUCAUGAAAAGAGCACAAAAAGAGUUCUUUUUGGCGAUGGAAUUCCAGUUUCCACUGCAGAAUCUGGUGUGCAGCCGAAGAAAGUGAAGUUUCAUUCACAGCCAAUGCCAAGAGGGUCUGGAGGUCCUGAACCAGUUGAUAUUCGGGGAUUUCCACAGCAUCCUGGUAUAAAGAAAUUUAGAGAUAAGAGGUUUGAUUCCUUCAAAACAUGGUCUGGGAAACUUGAAAGGCAAAUAUCCAACAUUCGUGGAAAGCCUCGCGAGCCUGAACCCGAACCCGAGCGUGGUAAUGUGCAGAAGGCUGAGACUGAGUCUAUACCGGUCGCUCGAUACUUUGAUGCAUUGCAGGGACCUGAAUUGGAAACCUUGAGGCCAUCAGAGCAAAUUGUGUUGCCAGAGGACAAGACAUGGCCAUUUCUGCUACGAUUUCCCAUCUCUUCAUUUGGUAUAUGUCUCGGCGUUAGCAGCCAAGCAAUCAUGUGGAAAACAUUGGCAACCGCUCCUUCAACUAAGUUUCUUCACAUAAGCUUGACAGUAAAUCUAGUCCUAUGGUGCAUUUCUGUAGCUCUGGUAGCCAUUGUUGCUUCAAUUUAUCUUGUGAAGGUGAUUCUCUUCUUCGAAGCAGUUCGACGCGAAUACUACCAUCCCAUCCGCGUCAACUUCUUCUUUGCUCCAUGGAUAUCACUCCUAUUUUUAGCCAUUGGAGUACCACCUUCAGUCACUCAACAUCUGCCUCCGGCACUUUGGUAUGUUCUCAUGGCACCAAUUCUCUGCUUAGAGCUUAAGAUUUACGGGCAAUGGAUGUCCGGAGGGCAACGAAGGCUCUCGAAAGUGGCUAAUCCUUCGAACCAUUUGUCGGUUGUUGGGAAUUUUGUUGGAGCAUUGUUGGGUGCGUCGAUGGGAUUGAAAGAAGGGCCUAUAUUUUUCUUUGCUGUUGGUUUGGCUCACUAUGCAGUUCUGUUUGUCACUCUGUAUCAAAGACUUCCAACAAAUGCAACUCUUCCUAAAGAGCUUCAUCCAGUUUUCUUCCUUUUCGUCGCUGCACCGAGUGUUGCUUCCAUGGCAUGGGCUAGGAUUCAAGGCUCCUUUGAUUAUGGAUCUCGGAUUGCCUACUUUACUGCAUUGUUUCUUUAUUUUUCACUGGCAGUACGAGUCAAUUUCUUUAGAGGAUUCAAGUUUUCAUUAGCUUGGUGGGCUUAUACAUUUCCGAUGACCGGAGCAGCCAUCGCAACGAUCAGAUACUCGAGCGAAGUUGACAACCUAGUGACUCAAGUUCUUGUUGUCAUAUUUGCUGCUACUGCCACACUUACAGUUACAGCCUUGCUUAUAUCUACAAUCCUCCAUGGCUUUGUGUUGAGAGAUCUUUUCCCUAAUGACAUUGCCAUUGCCAUUAGUGAUAGAAAGCCAAAGCAUCACAGUAACCAUAGAAGGUGGUUCCAUAUUAGAAAUGGAAGCACAGAAGAGACUGAAAAUUACUUGAAAUUUGCAGAUUCGGAUUGCAAAGACAUCGAAGCUUCCCCGACAUCGAACUCUCCUGGAUCCGACAGUAAUCAAUUAAGCUAGAACCUUGUAAUUUAUCUAUUGCCAAUCUGGCUAUUAGGCUUUUUAGUUCCAGUGAGCAUGCCACAGUAGUUUUAGUGAGCAUGUGAGGAAUUUGAAGAUGUGUGUGUGAAGGCUGAGUGAUAUCUUAGAACUAGUAAUGGCUGUAUAUUUCUGUCAAAUAUCUGUCAGUAAUGUGCAUCUUAUGCAGAUAAAAUUUCUGUUGCAUAUUAAUAUAAAGUUAUAUUUACAAUUUCUUUGGGUAA